GCUAAGAACCAAAAGCUUCUUUUCUCUUCCCCCACAAAAAUUCCAUUUUCUUCCUCAGAAAGAAGAAAAAAGGGUGGAAAAUGCUCGUUUCUAGGGUUUUUUCUCGGAUUUCAAGGCACGCCUGCAACCGGAUCCGUUCCUUCUCUUCUUCUUCUUCUUCUCUUUCUCGACAAGUAUCGAUUCGGAAUCUCUCCAAUCCGUGGGUCCCAUGCCAGACAACUCAGUUAUUGCAUCAUCCCAUCCUUGGGAAUGGCACCCUUCAGCGAUUUGGGGUCUCAUCAUCUGCAUCUCCUCAACCAAAUGAAAAAGAGACCAACCAGUUUGCAAAUGAGCAAGGAGCUGUUGCGGACAACGAUUACACCUCUCAGAAUAUUUCUCAAGAUGAUGAUAGUAAAGCUUCAGAUAAAAUGGAAGACUCAGAUGCAGAGGGCGAUCUAUCUGUUGAUGAUCUGGUGAAGCUAGUUGCAGAGAAGGAAGAGUUACUGAAGGCAAAACACAAGGAGGUUGAGAAAAUGCAAGAUAAGGUUCUUCGUAGCUAUGCUGAAACGGAGAAUGUUAUCGACAGGACAAAACGGAAUGCAGAGAACUCGAAGAAAUUUGCCAUACAGAACUUUGCCAAGAGCUUAUUAGAUGUUGCAGACAAUCUGGGAAGAGCUUCUUCUGUUGUUAAAGAUAGUUUUUCAAAGAUUGACCAAUCUAAAGAUUCUGCCGGAGCUGUUCCCCUCCUAAAAACCCUUUUGGAGGGUGUUGAAAUGACUGAUAAGCAGCUUGCAGAGGUGUUAAGAAAGUUUGGAGUGGAGAAAUUCGAUCCCAUGAAUGAGCAGUUUGAUCCAAAUAGACAUCUCGCAGUUUUCCAAGUACCCGAUUCUUCAAAGCCACCUGGUACUGUUGCUGCAGUUCUGAAGUCGGGAUACAUGCUCUAUGACCGCAUCAUCCGGCCAGCUGAAGUUGGGGUUACAGACGCUUCGAGCCAGGAGGUGGACCAAAGUUCCAGCGCAUGAAGGGAACGGCCCAGAUCUGACACAAGUUUGUCUUUUGGUGGGAGUGUAUGAUGCUAAUGAGAGGCACAAUAAUAGAGAGCUGUUUUUGAGAUACGGUGAGGUUUAGAGGUACUGAAAAUUUUGCUGUAGCAGCUACUACAAUAACAUUAUUUCAUCAAUUUAUACAGAACAAAUCAUGCACUGAA